GAAUCCCACGUCCUCCUCCCAACUCCCAGAGCCCCACAAGCAAUGCCGCCCAAAAAACACAUCCACAUCGCCCUCCUCGACACCGACCUCCCCGUCCCCACCAUCUACGCCCACCGCGGCCUUUACAGCACGCAAUUCCGACACCUCCUCCGCGCCGCCGCCGCCACCAUCAACCCAGCCUAUGAGCUCCACACCACGGCCUUCGACGUGGUAGGCGGCCACCUCCCCGCCUACACCAGUCUCCAGAAACCCGCAGCAUCACCAUCCACCCCCCAAGCCACCUCCGACGCAGCCAGCGAGGAAAGGUUAAAUCCCCUCUCCAUCCCCAUAACCGGAAUCCUGAUCACCGGCUCCUCCGCCUCCGCCUACGACCCCACAAAGCCGUGGAUCCCGCCCCUCACCACCUUCCUCCAAACCGUGCACGCUCAGUACCCCAGUGUCCGGCUGUUCGGCAGCUGCUUCGGGCAUCAGAUUCUCGCGCGGGCACUGCUUGAGCUGGAUCCCGAGGGCCAGCAGCCCUACUGGAACAUCCAAAUGAUCCACGGCGACCACGUCCGGAUCUGUCGGCCCUUGCCGGCGGCGUGGUGCGUGAUCGGCGCGAGUGCGGAGUGUGCCGUGCAGGGACUUUAUCACCCCGCGAAAGUGCUGACCUAUCAGGGGCAUUUUGAGUUCGAUGCGGAGGUUAAUCGCGAGACGUGCCUGGAGUUUGGGAGGCGGCAGGGGUGGGAUGCUGGGGAUGUGGAGAGGUGGGUAGAGGCGAUUGGGGCGGAUGAUGAGGGGAGCGAUGCGGUGGGGGCGGCGGGGGUGGUGGUUCGGUUUUUUGCGGGGGAGGAUGAGGAUGGGAACAAUCAAAGAAAGCAUUACGUGAAAGUGAUGUGA